AUGAAGGUUUUGAUAGUAUUAGGAGUUGUGUGCUUAGCGGCGCUGUGCGCUUGCGACGCCGGGGCUGAGGAUCAGGCGGUGGCGGCGAGUAAGGGCCACCACCACUCCUCGGGCGGCGGCAAGGAGCACCACGGUCACCACCACCACGAGCACGGUGGCAAGGGGCAUAAGGGUCACAAGGGGCAUCAUCACCACCACAAAGGCCACGAAGGGCACCACGGCAAGCACCACCACGAGGACCACCACCACGAGCACGGCGGCGGCCACAAGAAGCACUGGGACGAGCACGACCACCACGGCGAGCACCACGAGCACGGACACCACCACAAGGGCGAGAAGCACGGACACCACGAACACCACGACAAGGGCGAGCACGUCGACGGCUACCACAAGAAGCACCACAAGGACCACUUCCACAAGGACCACCACUUCCAUGACGGUCACCACCACGAAGGCAAGCACCACAAGCAUCACCAUCAUCACGGACAUCAUGAGAAGCACGGAGGUGGACAUAAGAAGGGAGGUCAUCAUCACUCUGGUCACCAUGAAGGUCAUCACGGCAAGCACGGUCAUCAUGACAAGCAUCACUAUGAUGAGGAUCAUCACGGUCACAAGGGACACCAUGGUCAUGAGGAGCAUCAUCAUCAUCACCAUGAUCACGGCAAGAAGGGCGGCCAUCACGACCACAAAGACUGGGGCUUCCACCACGGCAAGCACUAA